GGGGCUGGGAAAGCAGGGUGGCCUGACCGCUGCCUUUGACUUCUGUGCGCUCCGACCAGGCAGCCCGAACCCUCGGGCCUGGAGGCAGCAGCGGAUCGAACUCGAACUCCUUGCAGCCGAAGGGGCCCAGGGACAGCGACCCAUUUGGAGGGGGACGGGUCUCGCGGGGAGCGACGUGCACAGGGCAAGACCGCAGCCAGCCCCGCCUUUCGCCGCCCUGAAUCUCAUAAGGUCGCAGCCCAGCCCCGCUGAGGCCCGUCCACCGAGUCCACGGCCACCUGCACCAUGCCGAUGACGCUGGGUUACUGGGACAUCCGCGGGCUGGCUCACGCCAUCCGCCUGCUCCUGGAAUACACAGACUCGAGCUAUGAAGAAUCACUCAUCUUCUCCACCACAGCUCCUGACUAUGACAGAAGCCAGUGGCUGAAUGAAAAAUUCAAGCUGGGCCUGGACUUUCCCAACCUGCCCUACUUAAUUGAUGGGGCCAUCAAGAUCACCCAGAGCAACGCCAUCCUGCGCUACAUUGCCCGCAAGCACAACCUGUGUGGGGAGACAGAAGAGGAGAAGAUUCGUGUGGACAUUUUGGAGAACCAGGCUAUGGAUACCCGCAUGCAGAUGGCCAUGGUCUGCUACAGCCCUGACUUUGAGAAACUGAAGCCCCAGUACUUGGAGGGCCUCCCUGAAAAGAUGAAGCUGUACUCACAGUUCCUGGGGACACGGCCCUGGUUUGCAGGGGACAAGAUCACCUUUGCGGAUUUCUGUGUUUACGAUGUCCUUGAGAGGAACCAAAUAUUUGAGCCCAAGUGCCUGGACGCAUUCCCCAACCUGAAGGACUUCAUGGCCCGUUUUCAGGGCCUGAAGAAGAUCUCUGCCUACAUGAAGUCUGGCCGCUACCUCCCAACGCCUGUGUACACAAAGGUGGCCUUCUGGGGCAACAAGUAGGGCCUCGUAAGGCCCAGAGAUGGCAGUGAGGAGCCCGUGCCCAGCCUGCUUCCUUGGGCUCUGCAGAGCAGUGGACCGUCUGCACCCCAAGUUGCAGCCUUCUCGUCGCUCUGCCCUUUUCAUUCCCUUCUCCUCUCCAAGGCCUCAUUGGCGCUUUUUACUUCCCCAACCCCUGUCCCGUCCAGGCCCUUUGAAGCGUCAGCGUCCCACUUUCCUUCAGCAAGGUCCCCUGCCACCUUUCCCCUUCCCUGCACUAAGGCCACCCCGACUUCCUUCCUGCUGGCAGUUGUGUCUGUGAAGCGGAGCCCCGAGCUGUCCCAGCAGGGCCCAAGGAUCAGCUUUGCCUGCUGUGGCGGCCCUGGUCCCCAGCGUGGUCCCUGCAUGAGGCCUACCUGAUCCCUAGUAAAGCCCAAACACAUUUGCUCUGU